CCAAACCGACACACAGAGAUGGCAAAGAUCCUAUUUGGAGUCAUUGCAGUUCUUGCAUCUUUAAUGCUGGUGGAGUCCCUGACCUGCAACAAAUGCAGCAACGGUAUUUUGGGCUACUGCCUUAGCGCUUCUCAGGUGACCUGCACAAGCAACACCAGCCUCUGCUUUACUGGAAAAGCAACUUUCACAGGAUUGACCUCUGUGGGCUUCAACACCCAGGGCUGCCUUGAAUCCAUUGGCUGUAACACGAAUACCACCAGCAGCCUGUUGGGUGUCUCCUACACGACACAAACCACCUGCUGCUCAACAGACCAGUGCAACCCUGUUCAGGCCAGUGGAGCACCAUCCACCAAGAUGACCCUCACCGCUGCCAUUGGUGUAGCCGUCCUGGCCUCCAUGUGGGGAAGCAUACUGUAACAUGCUAAUGCCAAAUCACCAUAAGCAGCUAGCUGCUUCCAGCUGCUCCUGAAACCCGUUCAUAUGAUUCAUUAUACCUAUUGGGGCAUUUUAGAAGACCAAACACACUAUCAAAAUAAACUAUUUGAUCUAAUGAGUUUAUUAGUAUCAUUAUUUAUAUGCUCAUAUUCUGUGACACUCUUUGUUUUUCAUAACUAAG